AUUCAAUGGGACGUUAUACUUGCAAUCAAAAGAUUCUAUCGAAACUCCUGGUUUCACUAGUUACGGUUCUUACAUAUUAUCCACCAAUGAUCAUGGAUACGCUAUAGUUUACGUUAACCGCACAUCAUCAUUGUCAUCACCGCUUUUCGCUAAUAAAACCACCGCAAUCAAAACACCUUCUAGCCUAAUAGAGGGCCUCGUUUUCUGCGACAUAAAUUUUAGCGGCUUUGGCCUAGUAUGCACAUUCCCCAUAACUCGGAGCGGACUUAGUAUUUAUUAUUUAAAAGUAUUCUUCCUGUCGUCAGGGAAAAUAAUAUCCUACUCUCCAACACUCAAUUUACUUCAAAAUGCAAAUGUAAGCCUUGGCUUUGAUAGGUGGAUAGUAGAAGGAAUGCCCUUCGGUGGCUGUACGAUGAAUGCCAAAAUGCCAUUAUUAAAUGGGUCAACUGAAUACUAUCUUUAUGCUUACGGAGAGAAUGGCAACAGAAUUUUUGUCGACCUACCGCAACCGAUGAUUGCAAAUACUUUUGCCGCGAGUGGUAUUACGAAUAACAAUAAUACCUUCUUACUUGCUCAACCGGAAUCGAAUAACUCUUGGACUUUACUCACCUACCAAUUGCCCAAGGUUUUUGGUGAUUUAG